GUCCAGGAGGAAAGAAGGAAAGAAGGAAAGACUCAGUUGACAGUCCCCACCCCCUAAUUGUGGAUUUGAAUGUUUUUCCAAGGGUCUUCGUCUGCACUAACGCCACCUAGGAUUGGUUCCUGCUGGCGAUAAGCCAGGUGCAAGGCCCGUGCCCCCUUAUCCUCUCUCCAAAAUUUUUGGGAGCUUCACCUGCUGCUCCGUACAUGUUCAAGUUUGUCGCAAGCUUCUCAAAGUCAGGACCAAACUUCUCUCACCGAUCCAUCACCGCACCUUGUAUCAAUCCUCCAUCAAACAUUCCCAACAGCCCACAUAUCAAUAUGAUGUCCAUGAGAGCAUUCGCCCGCUCGGCGCCCCGUGCUGCCGCCCGUCUCAGCUCUGCCGCCCUGCGGCAACCCUCGGUGGCUCGUCAGGGCUCUCUCCUCAAGUCCACAUCAUGGGCACCCCUCCGAUCAUCACAGUUCACAUCCGCGUUCUCGACGACGCAUUUCAGGAGAGCCCCCGCCGGUGAGGUGGACCAGGAGCUGUCUGCCAAGCUCGAGAGCGAGUUGCAGUACGAGAACGAGUUGAAGGACAGCGAACCUACCCCCGCCAGCGUCAAGGACUUCCUCGAGAACAGCCCCUUCGAGCUCAUCGACACUCUCGGCAAAGAGGAUGUCGUCCUGAAGCGCAAGUUCGGCAACGAGAACAUUACCGUCUCCUUUUCCAUCUCUGACCUCACCAACUACGAGCCCGACAUGUACAACGAGGAUGACGCCAUGACCGAUGAGCAGUUCGAGAACCAGGAGCCCGAACGCUCCGUCGAGGAGGCCGAGGAGGGCCUCGACGGCGAGGAUAGCGACGCCGCUCCUCCCUGCCGUCUGAACGUCGUUGUCGAGAAGGAAGGCAAGGGUGCUCUGAACAUCGAGGCCCUCGCCCAAGACGGCCAGAUCAUGGUCGAGAACUUCUACUACUACGACGACGCCAAGCUGGCCCACAGCACCGACGCCGACGCUUCCCACCGCGCCCAGGAUGUCUUCCCCGGCCCUCCCUUUGGCACACUCGACGAGGAUCUCCAGAUCCUUCUUGAGCGAUACCUCGAGGAGCGUGGCGUUACCCAGGCCCUCGCUGUCUUCGUCCCUGACUACAUGGACCUGAAGGAGCAGAAGGAGUACCAGGCUUGGCUGAAGAACGUCAAGGGCUUCAUUGACGCUUAAAUGUCCAACUGGCCCAGAGGUUCUGUAUGAUAUUGUGGCACCGCGCAGACGCCAUGUCCCCUUGGACUUGUCCAGCUCGGGCCCGUGUAUGAUGGAUAUUCAUGUAACUUUCCCACUCAACGACUGAAAAUGUAUAAUAAGGAUAUACCCUGGCUUGCUUGUCGGAUGUACGGCCAGUACCAUAGAUGGUCAAAAAGUAAUGACACUAGAAUCUGACUUCUACAAUUA